AUGAGUUCCAUCAGCGACCUCGAGCGGUGGCUCGCACGCUUCUCGGGUCGCUUGCGUCGCUAUUUACCACCUCUAAACUUCAUCACCAUUCAUUAUGCCUACUUCUUCCUCGUCUGUCUCAUCACGUCUAUCAUCUUCUGGGGCUCAUCCGAUCCUGCGUUCUCGGUCAGCUACACCGAUAGCCUCUUCCUUGUCGUGUCUGCCAUGACCGAGGCAGGCCUCAAUACCGUCAACCUCAGCCAACUGACGGCCUGGCAACAAACACUCCUGUUUCUCCUACUGCUCUUGGGCAGUACCAUUUGGGUCUCCAUCUGGACGGUCUUGGCCCGCAAACAUGUAUUCGAGAAGCGUUUCGAUGAAAUAGUCCGAGCAGAGCGCGCGCGUAAACUCAGUCGUCAGGGCAGUACCAUAUCGCUAGGUUUGCCGCGAUUACCUCUCGACUUGCCCAGGCUGCAGAUGGCAUUCUCCUUCGGUAAAUCGCAGUCAGCACCGCAUCCUGCAGGCCAGUCUCUCAGAGCUACAAAGACUGCCGAGUCGGAGAAGGGCGAAACUCGGCCAGACGACAAACGAGCGGACGAUGCAGAAGCCUCGCCCAAAGACCGCCACCGGCCUACACUCGAGGAUGCACCUGAGAAUAUGCCCGGAAGCACCCAGGAGGUGACGGACUCGCAGGCACCGGGCCACAUUACCUUUGACGAUGCACCGCACCCCAAUGUCGCCGACAACCAAGCCACCUCGACGGGAGUCUCUCUUCCUGGCAACCCGAAUGGACCGGCGCGUCCACUGAGAAGGCCCUACAAUGCUUCAGUAGAUCUGACUACUGCCGACGCGGACGCUCGCAACUUCUUGAAACAUCGUGCAGCUAGUCGCCACGGUCAGUUCCAUGACCUAAGCAGCGAUGAACGCGAUCAUCUCGGCGGCUGCGAAUACCGUGCCCUCAAGGUCCUAGCCAUGUUGGUGCCAACCUACUUCUUCCUGUGGCAGGUUCUGGCAUCCCUUGCCCUUGGAGCCUGGAUGAACAACUACAUGCCCGAUACGGCAAGGGCUAACGGUAUCAAUUCGUGGUGGCUCGGUAUCUUCAACGCCGUUUCUGCCUUCAAUAAUUCGGGCAUGUCGCUCCUGGACGCCAACAUGAUUCCUUUCCAACAGGCGCCGUACGUUCUCAUCACAAUGGGUCUCCUGAUACUGGCAGGCAAUACCGCGUACCCUCUCUUCCUUCGUCUCAUCAUCUGGUCCUCUCUCCGCAUCUUGAACCUGACCACGCGAGAAGACGCUUUUACCGACCUAAAAGAAACCCUAGCGUUUAUUUUGAAAUACCCUCGCCGAGUUUACACCAAUCUCUUCCCUUCUCGACCCUCUUGGUGGCUUUUAUUUAUGUUGAUUUCACUUAACUCUGUGGACUGGGUGGCCUUUGAGGUUCUCAACAUUGGGAAUUCUGUCAUCGAGAAGAUACCCACAGGCUACCGGGUGCUCAAUGGUCUCUUUCAAGCACUUGCUGUGCGGUCCGGAGGUUUCUACGUUGUCCCUAUCUCAGGCCUCUUCAUCGGCUUACAGCUACUCUACGUUAUAAUGAUGUACAUCUCGGUCUACCCCGUCGUCAUCACCAUGCGCCAUUCCAACAUUUACGAGGAGCGAUCACUCGGCAUAUACAGCGACGACAUAGGCACCGCAUCCGAGAUCGACCCUGAGGUGGCCGAUCCCUUGCUCCCUAUAGGCAGUCGACCUCCGACACUGGCACGCACUACUAGCAUUGGCGCGGCUUCUGCCCGACCUUCUGUCUUGGCACGUCGACUGAGCCGUUCGGGCCCGGUCAUCGAAGCUCGUCGCGCGUUCAAGAGCACCUUCAUGAGCUUUCACGGUGUUGGUGUUGUGCCACCGAAAGGACCGGGACUUGGGCAGAGCGCCGCCGAGCAGGGCGAGAGUCGCGUCAGUUUCAUCAGCCACCAGAUUCGCGGACAGCUUGCCCAUGAUCUUUGGUGGUUGGUUCUCGCUGUUUUGAUCAUCACCAUCAUCGAGACGUCAAAAUUCAUCCAAGAUCCCGUGACGUUUUCGGUCUUUAACAUCAUAUUCGAGGUCGUCUCAGCAUACGGUACGGUCGGAAUAUCAGUCGGCAUACCAACUGACGCGUACAGCUUCUGCGGCGCCUGGCACGUCGGAAGCAAGCUCGUUCUGUGCCUGGUGAUGUUACGUGGCAGGCAUCGAGGGCUGCCAGUUGCGCUGGACCACGCGGUGCGACUUCCAGGACGGCAGCUCCAUCGGUAUGAAGAGGAGGACCAUCAGAUACGGAGGAGCAGGACAAUCGAGCUGGAACGGUAG